GCGCCCUUCCAGGCAGACCGUUCUCUGAAAGCAGCUGAUAACAGGCAUGUUAUUGUGAUUUUUCAACUCUGCCGCUGCUGUUAGUUUUUGUGUUACCGGGCUGUGAAUGUGUGCUCACUCACACAUUAGGGCCUCUUGUGUCAGUUUCUCCCACAUGUGAGAAAUGCCAGCUGCUGUUCAUGGACGGGGGUACAGAAUGUAGCAACGGUACAUCAGUCACUGCGUGCUACGAGUCUUCAGGUCCACUUGCUGUCAUUAUAAUCCCCUCUCUGUUGGCAGUGAGCACAGUUUUAGUGGUGACUCUGAUUUUCUGCAGCCUCCGUAAGAACAAACAAAGGGCACAGAUGGCCUCAGCUCAUUUUACAAAUGGUCAGCAGAGCAUUUUUCUGAAUACAGCUUUAGGCACUCCAAAGGUCCAGGCAGCCUUGCAAUCUUGGGAGCUCCCUGAAGAGUGCGUUCUUGAGGGGCUGGAGUUUUGGCAGACUGGUCGCUAUGGUCCCAUCUGUAAAGGUCUGCUGAAAAAGAGCGAUGGAGCCUCCUCCGUUGUGGUGGUUAAAUCCCUUCGAGAGGGCCCCAACCAGCCUGAAGCCACAGAGUUUGUGGAGUGGCUCGCCUUCCACGCCACAGUGUGUAAACACAAGAAUGUGGUGCAGAUGUUGUACUGCCAGACCAAGCGUCUGCCCAUGUACCUGGUCCUGGAUGCCCACAACCCAGGGAACCUUCUUCACUUCCUCUGGACUCUCAGAAAUAAAGAUUCAAGCACGGCAGAUCCAUCGCAGGACUUCUCAGAGAGGUCCGUGUUUCUGGUGGCAAAGCAGGUUGCAGCUGGCCUGGAUUACCUGAUGUCAGAGCACAGGCUGGUGCAUGGCGAUGUGGCUGCCAGGAACAUCUUAAUUGGCCCAGGCCUCUCAGCACGGGUGUCAGGGCUGGGUGUGGCAUUUGGAGAACGCAAAAUGGAUUCAACAAUUAAGCCGAGGGCAGCAGAGGUGCCCAUCAAAUGGCAGGCUCCGGAGAGGAUUAUGAUGCAGCUCAAUAUCGACAGGAGUGACGUGUGGUCUUUUGGAAUCUUGCUAUAUGAACUGAUUACCUUAGGUUCUCCUCCAUAUCCUGAGCUGGAGCCUCUGUCAGUGCUUCCAAAGCUACAGGCGUCUUAUCGAAUGAAGAGACCAAAGGACUGUGGAGGACCUUUGUAUGACCUGAUGAAGUACUGCUGGAUGUGGAGUUUCAAAGACCGGCCGGCGUUUUCAGCCAUCAUGAAGCUGCUGCAGUCGUCACUGCACUUUGCUUCUUCUAAACCUAUCUGUGUUCCCGAGGUCGUCGACAUGUACGAGUACAACCAAAAGGCAGGACUGCUCUCAUAGGCCCAUGUAAAAAGUGUGUCAACAACACUAACUCUACCAAGAAAACAUAACAUUAAAAGGGAAUUGUUUUUUAGAUUGCGGAGCAUCCAUCAUGUAAUCAGUUUUCUAUGGCAUUUCAGCUGAGGAAGGCAAGUGUAUGGAUUCUGUUGGUACACUGCUAGACGUCUGAUGUACAACAAGAAGAAACUGAGGAUUUCCACUUCGACAUUGAUGAUAUGAUAAAUUAACAGCAUGGAGAUGAA